AUGGGUGUCUCACAGUCUUCCGAGGAGGCUUGGAAGCGUGAGAGCAGGACUGACUUCUGGUGGGAGCAGAUGCAGGAGGGGUUCCGGAACCAGAGCGACUUCAACUGGGACCAGAUCAAGCAGCUGCACCAGAGGUUCAGGCUGCUGAGCGGAGACCAGCCCACCAUCCGGCCUGAGAACUUCGACAACGUCCUGGACCUGGAGUUCAACCCGAUCCGCUCCAGGAUCAUCCACGCCUUCUUCGACAACCGGAACCUGGGCAAGGGGACCAGCGGCCUGGCCGAGGAGAUUGGCUUCGAGGACUUCCUGACCAUCAUCGCCUACUUCAAGCCCCUGCGCUCAAGGCACUUGAGCAAGGACGACGCGGAGAUGUACCGCCUGGAGAAGAUGCGCUUCCUCUUCCACUUGUACGACCAGGACUGCGACGGGCUCAUCACACUGCAGGAGUACCGCAGGGUGGUGGAGGACCUGCUGUCGGCGAACCCGCAGGUGGAGAGCACGUGGGUGCACUCCAUCGCCAACUCGAUCGCGCACCGCGCCUUGAAGGAGGCAGCCAGGGCAUCCGACCAGCCGCUGGAGAAGGGCCAGAAGUACCAGGGCAUCACCUUCGAGGACUUCAUCAAGACCUGGCAGGGCAUCGACUUCGAGGUCAAGAUGCAAGUCAGCUUCCUGAACUUAGAAACCUUAUGCCAGUGA